GUUUGUUUUUAGAGGGUGUAACCUGCGCUAAGAACCUACUUGGCGCCAUCUUUUCCUAUCUAAAACUUCCUGGCUAUAUCGUUAGGUCGGAGUUGGUGCUGAGCAAAAGGUCGCACAGCUUCAUAUCAGUGCGCGUUUCCGCUUCGACACGGGAAGCGGUCCAGCGGGAAAGCAUCCUGUGGGAAGAGAGCGGGAACGUUGGCGCGGAUAAAUAUGCUGCUACAAACGGUCAAUGCCGCUGAGCGUUAUUAUGAUAAGCCGGACGAAAUACUACAAAAAAUGUUGCUGAAUUUUUAAAGGAGUUUUUGGAAGCGACAGUUUCACCAAUAUGCUCUACGGAAGUUUUAAAUUUGUGAUGAAGCUUGUUGUACUCAUGAACGCUUGGGUCUGUUACUGCAAAGCAGACGAAAAUGAAGCAAGGCUCAUGCGACAUCUUAUGACGGACUACGAUGCGGCCGUUAGACCUGCUCAAAACUCCUCGUUACCGCUCAGCGUCAUCUUUGGAGUGUCUCUGCAUCAUAUCAUCGACGUGGAUGAAAAAAAUCAGAUCCUGACAACGAACUGCUGGAUUACGCAGAUAUGGAUAGACCAUCAUCUCAGAUGGAACGCUUCAGAUUUCGCUGGUAUCAAGGUCAUCAGGAUACCCUACAAUCGAGUCUGGAGGCCAGACUUGAUCCUGUACAAUAAUGCCGACCCCCAAUUUCAAUCAUCGGUGAUCAACACGAACGUCAUAGUUUCAAGCAAUGGCGAGGUGGUGUGGCUCAGUCACGGAAUUUACAGAUCCUCGUGCGACAUCAACGUCGAGUACUUCCCGUUUGACCUUCAGAGCUGUCAAAUGAAAUGGGCCUCGUGGACCUAUGACGGAUAUCAGGUGGAGCUAGUAAAGCAAACCGAAGAAGGCGAUGUAAGCAAUUACCAAGCUAAUGGCGAGUUUGAUCUGCUCGGCUUUUCAUCGGUGAAGAACAUCGAAUUCUACUCUUGUUGUCCCGAACCUUACCCGGAUAUCACUUACACGAUCCAGUUAAGGCGAAGACCACUCUUUUACGUUUUCAACCUGAUCCUACCGUGCAUUUUGAUCAACGGCAUUGCCUUGCUGGUGUUUUACGUACCAUCGGAAUCUGGAGAAAAAGUUACUCUGGGAAUCAGUGCUCUUCUGUCAAUGACUGUCUUUUUGAUGACCAUCAGAGAGACGUUGCCACCAACAGAAAAAACACCAUUGAUCAGUAUGUACUACGGGGUAAGCAUCUGCCUGGUAUCGUUCGCAUCAGGUUUAUCUGUAGUAACCUUGAACAUCUACCACCGAGGGGUCCGAGGAACCGCCGUACCAGGCUUCCUCAAAAACAUCGUCCUCCUCAAACUGGCGCCUCUCGUAUUCAUGAGAUUCGAGACUGUCAGCGCUAGUUUACAUCGAACAGCAACCGUACAGGACUUUUUCCAGGAAAUCAACCCGGAAACGGGGACUAGGCUGGACUGUCAGUGGCAGUGGUCACAGAACAACACGCCCAACGACGAUAGGUACUGUUUACAGAAUAGACACCAGAAUUCGCCAAAGUUCUUCAACAGAUCCAGAGAUGCUGAGUUAGACGCAUUUGAAAGUCAGAUAGUCCGCAUUUUGAACAAACUGCACCACAGCUUAGAAAAAAACGACAUACGUUUGACAGAACACGAAAGAAGAGAGCAGAUAGAACUGGAAUGGAAACAGACCUCGAUAGUACUCGAUCGAGUGCUUUUGGGAAUAUUUCUAUUGAUCACCAUCAUCAGUACAACAACCAUUUUGUGUCGAAGUCCACAGGAAGUCACAGAGACAUCGUAGAUUUACUUUAAUUUGGCAGUUGGUUUUGGAGAGGAUGCUCCCUAAAUAAAAAAAGUCAACUGACUGAAUAGUUUAAAGGAUUCCUGUAACUGUAUUUUGAAGUAAUGUUCCUGUUUUAGGUUAUUAUGAUUUUAUGCAAUUUUUACAAAAAAAAAAGAUAUAUUUUGGUGAAAAAAUACUCCCCCAUGCAGAAUUUUGCAAAACAUAGAUGCUAAAAUUACAAACGAAUAAAAAUGUAGUUCAUAAUUUGAAUUGAUAAUAUUUAGGAAAUUAUGUAUCAAAGGGAGAAAUUAAAGAUCUGUUAUAUUCUUGAUCACCCUUGGACGUAAAGACACGAGUAUAUGGAAUGUUAUUGGAAUAAAUUCUCACAGAAAAACGUA